UAUUUUUUUUAAAUAAAAAUGUUAUUAAUUCAAUUUAUAGCAUUUUUAUUUAUUUUGCAAUAUGCAGUAGCUGAAAAGGCUCAAUAUUCUAUACUAGCACCCAAAGUCCUACAACCGCAAUCACAAUACAAUAUCAUAGUAUCGUUGAAUAAUUAUGUGGGCCAGUCAAACAUAACGUGCGAAUUGUUUAACCAACUCAAAGGUUUUAAGGUAUCGAAAAUAUCGCACUUUGAUGAACACCAUAUGGUUCAGGUAAUGGACCUGCAGUCGGGUGCCAAUUGGCCAGAAGGUCAAUACGAUUUAACAAUCACAUCAACGGAUGGCCUGAUUCAAGAAAAAACAAUUGUCCAAUAUAAUUAUAAAUUGUUUGUCAUCAUGGUACAAACUGAUAAGGCUAUCUAUAAGCCGGGUCAGGAUGUCCAAUUACGGGUAGUCAUACUUGAUAAUUUGUUAAAACCGGUUAACCCGGAAUUAAUCAGAGAUUUGCGCAUAUUUAUACUGGAUCCUCAAAAAGUACCGUUAUUGGAAAUGAGACGAGAUCUAGGUUCUAGUACUAAAGAUCAGCAACUGUACAAUGUCAAUAUGUUUAACUAUACCAAUGGUGUUACCGAUGAUAUUAAAUUUAAUUUGCACGACGCAAGCAAACCGGGUGAAUGGACUAUACAAGUGGCAACACAUGGUCAAUUGGAAAACUAUACGUUUUUUGUUGACUACUAUACCCUACCCAUGGCCAACGUUACCAUCACGUUGCCCGAGUAUGUUAAAUUUGAUCGACCAGUGUUGAACUAUAGUGUCGAUGUUUUCUAUACGUUCGGCAAACCAGUCGACGGUUAUGUACUGGUUGAAAUUGACAAGAUUAGAGAGUGCGGUAAAUUAGUCACGACCGAUCCCGAUAGAGUGUUUCACGCUAAUUGGACAAUCGAGCAUGGUCAGAUUAAGGGUUCAGUUGAUUUGAAACAAACCAAACUACUGUUUAGCAAUAAUUGUCCGGAACUAACAUUGAACUUAUCGGCCAAAGCCUACGAUAAUAAUACUGAUAAUUGGUAUUUUAAUUUCGAUGUUUUCGAUGCUAUUGAAUCGGAAAUCAAAGCUGAAGUUCAAGAUAAACAGUAUACGUAUAGACCGGGUAAACCUAUUACUAAAAAGAUAUUAUUAAAAACUAGAAAUGGCGAUGCCUUAGAUGAAGAUAUUGUAAAAAAUUAUGAAUGUAAAGUCGAUUAUAAAACCAAAACAAAUUCAACUUAUACGGAUGGGGUUGUUACAGAUAUAAUACCCAGUAGAGGUAUGAUUACGUGUAUGAUAAUUACCGGACCAGACUAUAAGGAAAUGCGUAUCCGAUUGCGUAAUCGAAAAAGCAAUAAAUUUAUAGUUGAAAAUAAUAUUGAAUUUUUAAAAGACUGUGCAACCGAUACAAUUCAAAUACAUAUGCAGGAAGCAACUAAAACUGUAAACAUAAAUGACCAAGUAGCAUUGAUUGUUCAAUCAACACAAUCCAUUGAAGAGUUUAUUUAUUAUGUUGUAAUACGCGGAACAAUUGUCGACACACAAUACAAAAAAGCAAUUGGCAAAGACACGUACCAGUUUUUUCUGGACAUUACCCGCGAAAUGGUUCCCGAAGUAUUGGUAGCCGUAUUUAUGAAACUACCCGGGUCACCAGUCAUUAUAUCCGACGCUGUACACAUAUAUGUGAAUGGUACAUUUCACAAUCAAGUCCAGUUUGAUGUUAAAACACCAGUAGUCGAUGCCGGCAAAAAAGCACAGAUGGUUGUCAGUGCCGAAUCGGAAUCCAAGUUGUUUUUUCUGGCCAUCGAUACGGCCGUAUUGGCCCUGAAACAGGGUAACGACUUGUCAUCGGUACGCGUAUUGAACAAUUUGAAAACCAAUGCCCAAUACAAAUACGAUACGGAUAGUUUUCUAUCUAGUGGUAUGCAAUUUUUGACUAACGGUGCCAAAGAGUGUAAAGAUUCAAAACUGGUUGAUAAAAUUGAGCGUGAUGAUGACGAUGAUGAUGAAGAUCAUUCGGUAAAUCCGAAAACCAAUAAUGCUAUUCGAAAAAAUUUCCGGGAAGUAUGGAUAUGGGAUCGUAUUGAUAUAGCUCAUGGCAAAUCUAGAGUCGGUAUCAAAUCAACGGUUCCCGAUAGUAUAACUUCAUGGAAAGUAACGGCAUUUGCAUUGCACGCCGAAAAAGGACUCGGAUUGACUACUCAACCUGGUUACAUAACUGUAUUUCGACCGUUUUUCCUAAAAUUAAAUCUACCAUAUUCGGUUAGACGUAACGAAACCAGCGAAUUUCAUGUUACAAUGUUUAACUAUAAAAACGAAACUGUUGAUGUUACAUUGAAUGUCUAUCAAAAUAGUAGCGACAAACAUAAAACAAUGAUACAGAUUGAUAAUUGUAAAAAUUUGAAACAAAAAUUACAGCCUGGUCAAAUCAAAUCGAUAACAUGUUAUGCAAAAUCUAAUGGUGUUGGUCAAUUUGAUUUAGUUGCCGAAGCUAGCGGUACUAGUGAACUAUCCGACGAUAAAGUAGCCGAUGGUGAGCUCCGGCAGCUAAAAGUUAUCUACGAAGGUAUAACUGUUGAUAAACAUGUUGUCGUCGAUUUGUUAAUGUUUGAACAGGAUGUUAACAAAAUUAGUACAUCCGUAAAAUCGGUAUUACCCGCGGAUCGGGUAAUUGGUUCGGAAUUAUUGUUGAUGACAGCAACCACUGAAUUGUUGACCAGUCAAUGGAACGAUCGGUUGGAGAAAUUGGAAUCCGAUUAUAGUAUGAAAUUUGAUUUUAGUAAACCUGAAGGUUGUUGUCAGCAACGUAUCAAUCGUGGUUUUCCAAAAGUAUUCUGGCUAGAUUAUGCUAAAGCAACCAAUAGGACGACUCCCGAUAUGGAAAACCAGGCUGUAGCCGAUAUACAAUUCACGUUGAGUUUAUUGUGUUGGCAUGUUGAUUAUGAUGGAUCGUUUGUUUACUACGAACAAUAUAAUCCCGGUUCGAAAAUGGAUAAUGUAGUACUAGAUAAACGUAAUCCGUUUCUAUGGCAAACAGCUUAUACAUUACAAUUUAUGACACACGUUAGCAAAUACACGUUGGUAUCGGAAAAAUCACUGAAAGAUGUCAAAAAUUGGCUAAAAUCUGUACAGAAAGCUAGUGGCGAAUACAUUGAAACCUAUGCCGAUCACGAUAUAAUGUCCACGAAAACCAAUGCCUACCUAACAGCUUACGUACAUAAAACAAUGUUGGAAGCGGGCGAAAUUAAUCCGCCAGCGGAUAAAUAUUUGACCGAAGUUUUCGACACACUAACCGAUCCGUUAGACAUGAUAUCGACGUGUCUAGUGUUGAACAAAAUCAGGGCUAAAAAUAUGGACGUAUGUAACGAGAAAUUAGAUAAACUAAUGCAACGUGAUGCUACCGGUGCUUAUUGGUCAAAUGCACGUGGACAACCCGAUUUAUAUGUAACAGCAUUUGGUUUGAUGAUGCUAACGGAACGUCAACAAAAAUCCCGGGCAAUGGAUGUAUUUAAAUAUAUAAUUUCAAAACAAAAACAUGAUGGUAAUUUCCAAUAUGGCGGCCGGGAACAAGAUUCAUUGGUAACCGUAACAUGUAUGGAAGCGUUGACCAAAUUUCAUCAAAUGUUAAAAACAUAUGAACGAUUCAAAGAAAAUGUAUUUGUUACAUUUGAGCUGAACGGGAAUAAACAGGAAAUACAUUUACUACCCGAUAGUCCCGUAAUGCAAGUUGUCGAGGGUGACCCACUAGUCAAUGAAAUCGGUAUUGUAGCGGAAGGUUUUGGCAAUGCUAAGGCAACACUGAUGUAUCAAUACAAUACAAUGUCCAUAUCGGACGGUGCAUUCAAUAUAUCAAUUGAUCAUACUCGACACAAUGAUAAAUAUGUUAUAUUGCAUAUUUGUACCAACCACAAAGAAACUGGUCGAUCCACUUCGAACAAUAUAAUUGAAAUUGAUUUGCCAACUGGUUUUCAUUACCAUGCUGAAAAAUUCGUAUGGAAUAAAGAUAUUGUCGACAAAAUUGAAGCCAAAGAGGGCGACACAGAAAUUCAUGUUUAUAUUAAACAAUUAACAAGCUCACAAUUGUGUAUUGAUAUACCGACAAUCGAAAGCUACAAUACUAUCGAUAGAUAUGCCGUUCCCGUCAAAGUCUAUCACUAUUACGAUAGAAAUACAAUGAGUGUCGAAACUUACGAUGUUUAACA